AUGUCUCCCAAUUGGAUUACCGAAUCCACUCUCGACAUCAUGGAACAUCUGAAUAUCCACUUGGAUAGUGUACCCACGGGCGACGACUACUAUGUACUCUUCCUCGACUCUACGCACGGCAACGUCUACUCGAUGUCCGAGCGCUUUUCCAUCCUCGCCGCGGGUUCGACGCCCACAUCCGGAACGGUUGCAGCUGCCAAUGCGGGCGCCAACGAAGUGACGCUCAAGGGAGGACCGAAUCCGACUGCGCAGUUUGCGUAUACGUUUGUGAGCGAGAAUGCUGCGCUCGGUGGGUGGAGGAACGAGUGGGUGUCGAGGGGCGUCGGUAUUGGCAUGGGUGCUGUCGGCGUGGUUCUCGGUUGUGUCUUGACCGUUUGGUAG